CCGCCGGACGUCUUUGGGGAAAGCAUCUUCAUGGUGUGUUGAGAUGUGAAGGCUGCAGAAGUGUGUGCAGAACAUGCACUUGUGGAUGCUGGAUGUCGAAAUGCGUGACAGAUGGCAUUGAGAACUCUUGGAGAGCAAAGGAUUGCUGGAGACCAGAACUGAAUCCUAAGUGCCGGUCCUCAGAUCAAAUCUUACAGGACGACUCGGACAAAACAAGCUAAGAGGCCCAAUUCUCACCUUCACGCUCAGGCUGUAUUUAAGAGUUACGACUGUUUUCGCCUUCGAGGACGUGCCCUUGAGUGGAUUUCCCAAAAAAUGUGACGUGAGAUUUUUAAUUACCUUACAAACCACAACAACGGAGCAAGAAGGUCACCUUCAGUGAUGGGACAGGAAAUGACAUCACCGCCACCCAGAGUGAGCCCCGCCUCCUCGUGCUGACCUAAACAAUUCCUUGACCUUGCUUUCCUUGGCAGAUGGCACAUGCAAAUCAGAAAAAGCAAAUCAAUAUGGAUUUAUUGCCAACAAGGGCUCGUAAAACUGUAAUGGAAAUACGUCGGCAGUAAAGGAGCGGCAUCCAAUCUGGUUACAGGAAUUUUCUUAUGACUGACUGUCAGUUACGGAUAUAAAAAUCAAUAAAUAAAAAGUCUGAAUGUUCCGAUUUUCUUUUUAAAAGACAAUAAGGUGACUGAGGUAAUCUAUGUUGAGUCUAGACCAAACAAAUCUUUUGGUUUAGCAAAACUAAAGAAGUUGCUGCCAACUGCGUGACCAUAAAGUGAAAACAGUGCUGGAUUACGAGGAUUAUAAACUGCAGGAAACUUCCUUGAAAGGCCAUGACUGGGGUUGGCGGACAUCUUUUACCCCUUCCACGCUCCCCCCGUCCCGAAUCUUGACUCUUGAGGUUGACUGAGAAGCUGGAGAGGGAUGUGAUAAUGCACGUCCCUCCCGCCACGGAAGAAGAAAUCACCAUGAAUAACGUUACUGUCUUUGACAUCACCGAAUCCGUGAGUCCCGCCAUGACGGCGGCCAGCCCACACCCCUAUCCCCUCAGCUUCCAGGUCUCCCUGACCGGGUUCCUGAUGCUCGAGAUCGUGUUGGGUCUGAGCAGCAACCUGACUGUGCUGGCUCUUUACUGCAUGAAGUCCAACCUGGUCAAUUCAGUGAGCAACAUCGUCACCAUGAACCUUCACGUGCUGGACGUGCUGGUGUGCGUUUGCUGCAUCCCGCUCACCAUCGUUGUAUCGAUGCUGUCGCUUCAAGGAGACACCGUUCUCGUCUGUUGUUUCCACGAGGCUUGCGUGUCGUUCGCCAGCGUCGCUACGGCGGCCAACGUUCUGGCCAUCACGUUAGACAGAUACGACAUCUCUGUCAAACCGGCCAAUCGAGUGCUGACUAUGGGACGGGCGGUGGCCCUGUUGGGUUGCAUUUGGGUUUUGUCGUUCGCCAGCUUCCUGGUGCCGUUUAUCGAGGUGGGAUUCUUGGGACCGGAGCCCACCAAAGCCAAUCAGACCGCCGUGGUGCAUGUCAACGAGUAUUACACUGAACUGGGUCUCUACUAUCACUUAGUGGCCCAGAUACCCAUUUUCUGUUUGACUGCUAUCAUCAUGUUGGUGACCUACACGAGGAUCCUGCAGGCGCUCAACAUCCGCAUCGGCACGCGCUUCCACGCCUCGCAGAAGAAGAAGAAGAUGAGAAGGAAAAAGAACUUUUCCCUCAUGUCCACAUCCGAGCAACAGCUGCCGGAGAUCACGGACGGCACGCAGAGCAGCCGGGGAAACCGCGGGAACGCGCCGCUGGCCAUGCGCACAUCCGUUUCCGUCAUCAUCGCGCUGCGGCGGGCCGUCAAACGUCACAGAGAACGCCGGGAACGCCAAAAACGUGUCUUCCGCAUGUCGCUGCUCAUCAUCUCCACUUUUCUCUUCUGCUGGACACCGAUUACUGUUUUGAACACUGUGAUUCUCAGCACGGGUCCCAGCGACCUCAACGUCAAGCUCCGACUGGGAUUCCUGGUCAUGGCCUACGGCACCACUGUCUUUCAUCCUCUCCUCUACGCCUUCACGAGACAAAAGUUUCAGAAGGUCUUAAAAAGUAAAAUGAAGAAACGGGUGGUGUCGAUUAUCGAGGCGGAUCCGCUGCCGAACAACGCAGUCAUAAAAAACUCCUGGAUUGACCCCAAGCGGAAUAAAAAAGUGACGUUUGACGAUCACGAAGCCAGACAGAAAUGUCUGUCCUCAGAAGAUGCAGACUAAACAGGCACUGGGUCUCAACAAAAGCACUGUUAUUUAUAAUGUAAAUAUAUUAGUCUUUAAUAAGCAGGUAUCAAAUAUUCUGUUACUAUUUGUAUUUAACUUGGAAUAUAAUAUGAUUGUAGAAAGAAGGUGCAUGCCCUUUAUAAGACACUGUGUGUAAAUAUAUCAAAGCUGAGAUUUGUAUAUAUCACUUAUGUACCUAUAUUAUGACCUGUAGCCUUGUGUAUACAUGUAUUUGUAAUAAACUAGGUGGGAAAAAACGCCUCCAAAAUCCACCAGGCCUGCCACGUAUUGACCUACAAUAACCGAGUGUCAUCUUCAGUGACUGCAUCUGUGUGAAGUUAAGGAACAGACAUAACUUAGUUAACUAAAUGCACAUGAGAAACUGAAAUAGAAGGAGAAAUCUG